AUGGGGGGUGUGAUUGGAAAGGGAGACACCCCAAGGUACAGUUCAGCAGCUACAAAGUUAGAGCAGAAGAUGGUUGAUGCCAUGCAGCAGAGGGCACAACAAGGGACUUCCCUGAAGUCAUUCAACAGUGUCAUCAUGAAGUUCCCUAAAAUUGACGAGAAUUUGAGAAACUGCAGGAUUAUCUUUCAGCAAUUUGGUGAGCAUUAUCCCCCUGUAUAUGAAGAUUCAAAUGGUGAAAUAGAUCAAUUAGAACUGAAACAUUGUUUCCAAAAGCUGGAUAUCUCAUUCACAGAUGAGGAGAUAAAAGAUCUAUUUGAAGCGUGCGACAUAUAUGAACACAUGGGCAUGAAGUUCAAUGAGUUCAUUGUCUUCCUGUGCCUUGUUUAUCUUCUCAAUGAUCCAGCUGUGUCAGAAGCAGUAUCCUUCAUACUUCCAAAUAUAAAAUACACCUACUUCCAUAUUUCUGCUAUCACUUGGUGCUUUACUGCUGCUGCUACACCAUGGAGUAGGAAUCACAUGCAAAGUGCCUUCGAUCAGAGAAAAAGAAUGGGAUUAGGUAACCUUGAGCCGACUUUUGAGACGUUGGUUGAUGCAUUUGUGUUCUUGGAUAAGAACAAAGAUGGAUAUGUCAGUAAGAAUGAGGUGAUAGAAGCGAUAAAUGAGACCAGUGCAGGAGAACGCUCUUCUGGACGCAUAGGCGUGAAAAGAUUUGAAAUUUUGUUCAAGUUCAACAACUGCAUAGGAGGUUUGGUGCUUAGUGCUUAUUCCAGCCCACAUUAUGAGAGUUUCCUCAUUUAUGUUGACCCUGAUGUUUAUACUCUUUUGGUGGUUCCAGAGGAAAUGGAUUGGGACAAGAACGGAACGGUGACCUUCAAGGAGUUUCUUUUUGCCUUUACUCGCUGGGUGGGGAUCGACGAUAAUGAAGAUGACGACGAUGAUGAAUAA